CAAAUUGCAGAUAUAUUAGAUAGUGAUAAGACCGUACAGAUUUGUGAAUUAUCAAAAAAAUAUGGUCAUUUUUAUGCAUGUAGAUUCUCUUUUGGUGGUACUAUUAUAUUUAAAAAUACAAAUGAUGCUGCGAGUUUAAACGAAUCAGCACGCCUUAUUGGCAGAAAAGGAACAUUUCUAAUAUUGAUAGUUGGAAUCUUAAAAGCUUUAGGAAAAAGAAUGUUAAAAGAAUAUGAAUAUGGUAAUCCUAUCACUGUUAUUCAUCACGUUAUGGGCAAAAAAGGAAGAAAAAGUGAAUAUUUGACAAUCCAUAAUAUUUGGAAU